GUGUAUUGUUUUAUUCUGACCCAUUCAUGUUAUUGUAAUUUUAAAGGUGUAUUACAGCAUCUGCUGAUUGACAAAAAAUAUUGCUUUAAGAGAAUUAACCUACACGUGACCAAAUGGCUAAAGCAUGGGAAAAAGAAGCUGCGGUGAUUAAAUUGGAAAGAGGCGGCAGUGGCCUUGGCUUCAAUAUUAGAGGUGGUGUAGACCAACCCCACUUACCAAACGACACCGGUAUCUUUGUUACGAAAAUUCGAGAAAAUUGUGCUGCGGAUAUAGAUGGGAGGUUAAAAGAAGGGGACAAAUUAAUUGAGAUUAACGGAAAAUCACUGAUUGAAGUGAAACACUCAGAAGCUGUGGAUUAUUUUCUUACUGCGGGAGAACAUGUGACUUUAAAAGUUUGGCACGGUGCUGAAAAAGCUUUAGUGGAGGAAUACACUGAAAUGAACAAACCAAAGCCAUGGAGUCCAUUCACCAAACUUAUACUGGUUGUAGGAGUAGCUGCGGCAAUCGGACUUACAGUUUAUUACUUCAAACGCUCUUAAUCAAAAUUACCGCAAAUCACAAUUUUUAUCAAUAAUUUAAUAAAUCAUAGACCUUUCAGUUUCACAACACUCCAAAAGGUAGAAGCUUGAAACUACAUUUCAAAACUCACUUUUUCUCAAAUAAGUUGCAAAGUCACUUUAAAAAUAUUUG